UUGGGGUGGGGCUGGGGCUCCCGAUUAAAUAAGAGGCCCCUCCAGCACUCAGCUCUCUCUUAACUGAAAACAUAAAGUCUGACGCCACUGGAGGAUCACUGCUUAAUUGUGCGUAUUUUGAACUUUCCUGCCGUUGAAGCUCUGUGUCUGGCAGGCCAGCGGGAGCCCUGGCCUCUGCCGCAGCAGUGAAGAUAGGCUCACUGCUGCGCAGUUCAGGCCCCCCAGGUCAUGAGCAAUGGAAUCCAGCUUCUGGAGGCUUCCGUAACCGGGUGUGUGGGGCUGGCGGCAGAAGGGCAGGCUCUCCCAGCGGCAGGUGCGCGGGAGCUGUAGCUGCGGUCCCCUGCGCCGAGUGUGUGCUGUGUACACGUCCAGGGGGAGCCGUCAGGUUCAGCUAAGGCUCAUCAUCCAGACACGCAGAGUUAGCGCUCCGUUAAGGAAAUGCCACAAACAGCCGGGUCAGGAUGAAGGAUGAGGGGUGGGAAGAAAGCCGGCCGUUGCAUCACUGGCGUGUUCUGUGAAACCAGACGGCGCCACUCUGCCAGUCCCCCCGGGGCAACGUGACAAGCCUGUGUGAUAAGGCCGUGUGCGACUGUCAGUCACCUGUCCCUUGCAUGUCACAGGGUAGUGGCAGCAGGCUGAGGGUGUGCCCUCCCUGCUGCUGUCCCCUGCGCCCUUCUCCCCACGCCUCCACUCCCUCAAGCUGCGGGAGCUGAAAUGACUUGGAGAGCAGAGCCGUGUGCUGACAACCUGUGGCUGACAGCUGGACCCUCGUCAUCACCACGCACUUUGUCACCGACACGGGGUAGCUGGCGGGUGCUGAGCUGCCCUCCCACUGCUCUAUAAGAGCCCCAGCGAGGGGACCCCAGCAGCAUCUGCCCUGGGUCCGGGCGAAGGUGCGGUGUGCAGCGCCGGCCAGCAUGUCGCCCGCCUGCAGACUCGGCUGCCACCUCCUCCUGCUCUGCCUGUGCGCGCUACGAGGGCGCAGCCAGGAGCUGGAGCUGCGGGAAGCGGAGGACUACGACCCCUUCCUGCUCUUCGGCGCCAGCCCGAAACGGGAUGCCGACGGGGAGGAGCUGUACCGCCGCACGCUGCGCUGCGUGGACGCGCUGAGCCUCCAGGGCCAGUUCACCUUCACCGCGGACCGGCCCCAGCUGCACUGCGCCGUCUUCCUCAUCGCGGAGCCCGGGGAGCUGCUCACCGUGCGCGUCGACCGCGCCUCCCUGGACUGCCCCGGCGGGGACUUACUGAAGGUCUUUGAUGGCUGGAUUCUCAAGGGGGAGAAGUUCCCCAGUUCUCAGGACCACCCCCUGCCCACACCUGCGCGCUACUUGGAUUUCUGCACAGGGGCCCUCAGCGGACAGAGCGUCACAUCCUCCCAGAACGUGGCCAUGAUCCUCUUCCGGGUCCACGAACCAGGAAAUGGGUUCACAGUGACCGUGAGGACAGAUCCCAACCUCUUCCCCUGCAACGUGGUUUCUCCGACUCCGAGCGGAAGGUUCACACUGGUGGUGCCGCGCCAGCGCCGCAACUGCAGCUUCUCCGUCGUCUACCCGGUGGUGAUCAGAAUCUCUGACCUCGCCCUGGGCCGUGUCGGAGGUCUGCAUGUGCAGCUGCCCUCGGCAGGUUGUGGGGGAACAGGAGACUUCGUGGAGCUGCUGGGCGGGACCGGAUUGGACCCUUCCAAGAUGACGCCUCUGGCCGAUCUCUGCUACCCCUUCCGUGGCCCUGGUCCCUCAGCAGAGGCAGCAACAGCCUCUCGGGUCCCUGGUAAGACGGGCGGAGGAUGAGUGUCAAGCCCCAUGACCACAGAAACUUCUGGAAUGUCCCUCAGCACCAUGGGAAAAAUCCAGGUCAGUUUUCUAGAAGUGUAAUGAAGGGGCAGGCGUUUGGCACCACGGUUAAGAUGCUGCCUGGGACGCAUGUCCCGGGUUCAAGUCCUGGCUCAGCUCCAGAUUCCAGCUUUCUGCUAAUGUGUACCCUGGGAGCCAGAAAGUAAUGGCCCAAAUACUUGUGCCCCUGCCAUUCACACGGGAGACCUGGGUGAGUUUUGGCUCCUGGUUGGCCCAUCCCAGCCCCAGGUCAUGCAGCUGUUUGGGAGUGAGCCUGCAGAUGGGAGAUCUAGUUUUGUUUGUCUCUGUUGUUUUUUCUCUCUCUCCCUUUCAAAUUAAAGUAAAACUUAAGAAAUGAAGAAGAGAGAUUAAACUGUAAAACUCGGUGGGGUCAACAGGAGAUUGGACACUGCUAGGGAGAACAUCCGUUCUCAAGGCAUGUUGGGAGGUGGCCGUGCGUCCAGUGGGACAGCAGUCUGGAUGGCAGGAGUUCUUCGGUCCUCACCCCAGAGGUGAGUUUUCUUGCAUGGUUUCCAGAUCUGUAGAAUGGCUCUCCGAACAUCUCAUCUAGAAAGGCAGUGACCACGAAGAUGCUGUGAAAGACUGGUCUCACUCACUCACUGAAUGAGAUAACUCCUCCCAUGUCUGAUCAGUAUUGCAGUUUUUUAUUUUUUAAAGAUGCAUUUAAUACGUGAGGCGGGGAGAGAAAUAUUCCAUCUGCUGGUUCACUCCCGAAAUGGCCACAAUGGUCAGGGCUGGGCCAGGCCAAAGCCAGGAGGCUGGAAUUCCUUCUGGGUCUCCCACAUGGGUGCAGGGGUCCAGCACUGGGCCGUCUUCCACCACCUUCCCGGGGGCGUUAGCAGGGAGCUGGAUUGGAAGUGGGGCAGCCAGGACUUGACCUGCUGCUUAUAUGGGAUGCCGCCAUUGCAGGUGUUAGCUUAACCCUCUGCCACAAUGCCAAUCUGUUUUAUAUUUAUGUUUCAGGGAGAGGAGAAACAGAUCUUCUAUCUGCUGGUUCACUCCCCAGAUGGCCCCAAUGGCCAGGACUGGGCCCUGUCAAAACCAGGAGCUUCUUCAGGGUCUCCCAUGUGGGUGCAGGGGCUCAAGGACUUGGGCCACCUUCUGCUGCUUUCCCAGGCCACAGCAGAGAGCUGGAUCGGAAGUGGAGCAGCUGGGACUCAAACCGGCACCCAUAUGGGAUGCCAGCACUGAAAAUGGUAGCUUAAUCUGCCACACCACAGUGUCUACCCCAGUUUUUAGUUCCUAACUAGUUUCAUAAAGUACCUCAAUUUCUCAUUUCACUUGUUAUAUGUGAACCUUAAUUGGAUACUCCAGUUUUUACAUCUGUGUAUUCUUUCCGUCCCAGAGCUGUGUGCGUCUCUGUACAUGAAAUCCAGCUGUUAUUCGGUCUUUAUCACCUCAGCUCUGUAGAAUGGUGUGGAGAUCCCGCGUUGAUCUUAGAACAGCCCAGCACGGAGGUGCUGCCGCUCUCCUGGUCUGGUGGAGGAAGUGACUGUCAGUGAUGCUGGGCCCACGCCCAGGGCUGCUGCCCGUGAGGACGAGCUCCCGCUGAGUCCGGCUUAGUUCCUGCAGGAGUGAUGCACCCAUUUCCAAUCAUACAUGUCUCUUACCUGACUGUCCUGCCUCUGAGCCAUGCCCCUCCCUCGCCCACAAAGAUGUCUGCAGUGGGAGACAGGAACCAGAGUUCAGAGGGUUUGCCUCUGUUGCUGCCUUUUCCACGCCGGUCUCAUUCCGUGCAGCCAGGGCUUGGUUUCUCACGUCUGGAGGGGUGAAAGGAGCUCCUUGAGGCUUGGUGUGCUGGGUCAGGGGUCCAGGGCCGGCCUGUGGGGGAGGAAGGGACAGUAGCACCGCUGGCCCUGGUGCUCGGGCGGCCGUUGGUAGAACCGCAGCCUGGGGCCCGGUGGUGGCCUGCACCCCUGGGGUGUGCAUCUCCAGGCCUCCCCUCCUGGAUCAGCUGUCGCUACUUGCACUGUGCUCUGAGGAGGCCACGAUGCCGGGGACAGUAGGACAGAAAGCCGUGCUUCCAAAGAGAGGGCCCUACUGUGCGCUGCCACCACGGAGUCUGUGCUGGGGGCUUGUGGGGGACCCCAGUCCGGGGUGACUCCAGCCCCAGGUGUUUCUGACGAGCUCUGGGGGCCACUGCUGCGGUGUCCAGCACGCCCCUGUCAUCACCUGUGUGUGUGUGGGGGGGUACAGCACUGUGGGAGACGCACACUGUCACUUGUGAGCCGCAGGGGCUAGCAGCCACCGGGGGGGCGGUGAAGCAGGUGGGCAGCAGAGCAGGAGCCGGGCCAGCACGCCAUUACCGAAUGACGUCACUUCCCCGGGCAGGGGGCACACUGCCUCUGCCGCCGCGUCUAGCCCGCCUGCGGUGGCUCAGCUGCUGCACGGAGUUCCUGGGGUUGUCCUCAGUGGUUCUGACCACAUAGCCUCCCUCCUAGCAACCUACCUGUGCUGGCUGCUUCUGACCUCGGCUUGCUGCCCCUGCCCUUGGGCGAGGGUGGAUGAGGCGUGGCCGGGAGGGUGGUGUGCUUUGCCUUUGUCCUCGCUUCCCCGAGGCCACCACACCGCACUGGGAAUGCCGUUGCUGGCCACCGGGGCUUGAAUGGUGUCCGCGCAGAGUCCCAGGAGGUGACCUUGCUGGAGGCCAAGCCUUGCAGAUUUGGGGUUAAUAAGAGGAGGUCCAGGGAGAGGGGGAGCCUGGAGUCCCUGACGGAGGAGAUGCUGGAGAAGGUAGGGGCCUGGGGGUGGGGGUGCAGCUGGCCUGCCUUGCCCAGGAGCUGCCGUGGCAGUGUUUGCUCUAAAAAUCCUGGGUUCUCCAGCCCAGACCUGCACUCCCGGGGGCAGGUCUCCAGCAUGGGUUCAGAGUGGGUACUGGUGCCACAGGUCUGCCCU